AUGGCGGCAUUGACGCCGUACCUGUUCACGCCAGAGGCGCAUUCGCACCUGGUGCCCUACCUUGCCGCACUGCAGGGCUCGUGUAUCACUCACGACCGCACCAUCAGCAACUUCCUGCCUCCCUUGAACCACGAGAAACUUCUGAGCUACUGGAAGGAGAAGAUUGCCGAAGUCGGGGCUGGCACAAGAGUUAUUCUGAUACUCCUGGAGGAGUCAGUCCCAGGUUCGAAAGCAAAGGGAACGGAGCUCAAAGGCGUGGUCAUGCUCAGCAUCCCCGCGACGGAAACCGGUCCAUUCAGAGGAAAUGUUGAGUCUCUGCUCAUAAGUCCCAAGCUCAGGCAGCAGGGUGCUGCGAGAUUGUUGAUUGAAACACUGCACAUACAUGCUGUGCAGAGAGGCAAAACUCUGAUGAUGGCAGACACAGAGAGCGGCAGUGCCUCUGAAGAGGUUUUCAAGAAGUUCGGAUAUACGGAGGUAGGCAGAAUUCCUAGGUAUAGUCUGAGCCCGUCAGGCGAGCUGAAGGAUGCUACAUUCUUCUAUAAGGAUCUGUCAUUAGCCUAG